GACGGGUUUCCACCGGAAGCGCAACUGCACAAAGCGGAAGUGGAGGGGAAAGACAACCUCGCCAAUUUUACGAGCUUGUGCCGAGACACUUUUAGGGUUUCUGUCGGCAUUAAAGUCACACCGAGGCAGAAACAUGGACAGAUAGUGUUCGUUUCAUCGGAUUUACUGAGGUGGUCCCAGCAGACGAUAAUCUGUCACAUCUGUGCCCAUCUUGGACGGUCACUCUCAGUUUGGAUCACUGAUAAUCACCAGAAACCCUCCCACCUUUCCCGUGGCCACCAGCAUGGCGAACAGCAUCCCAGCAGCACUAAAGGUUACUGGGACCCCUGGCCCUGCUGGCAGAAGUAGUCCGGAGGGGUCUCAGGUGCUCAGCAAGAAGAAGCUGCAGGACCUGGUGAGGGAGAUCGAUCCGAAUGAACAGCUGGACGAGGACGUCGAGGAGAUGCUGCUGCAAAUCGCAGACGACUUUAUAGAAAGUGUGGUGACAGCGGCGUGUCAGCUGGCUCGCCAUCGCAAGUCCAACACCUUGGAGGUGAAGGAUGUUCAAUUACAUCUCGAGCGCCAGUGGAACAUGUGGAUCCCCGGCUACGGCUCAGACGAGAUCCGGCCGUUCAAGAAGGCCUGCACCACAGAGGCUCACAAACAGAGGAUGGCGCUGAUCCGCAAGACAACCAAAAAGUAGCACGGCUAACAUGUUGAACCCGCUGUGUGCGUCGCCUCUUUAGUUCUUUUUUGGUUUGGAUUCUUUCUUUUUGGACCUCCGAGUAGCAGCGAUGCUUCAGUUCUUCAUUAGUCUGAUUGUCACAACAAUGUAAUUCUUCGUCUGAUUGUGUUUCGUUGCCAUUGAGUUUAAGCCUUGCAGAACUCAACCUUUUUGUCAAUAAACAUUUACUGGAAUUGUGUUUGGAUGAUGACCUCUAGUCCCGUUUAGAAGUAAAUGUGUUUAUCUACAAUAAUAGAUUAUAACGAAGCUCCC